UUGCAAACAAUACAACUGUAUCAUUAAAUAAUAAAAAAUAAAAUGAAGUACGCAGCAUUUGUGAUUUUAUUUACAGCCUUUCUGUAUUCAGUUUCAGCAGCUGAUCCAGAAUGUACUGUUUCAUCCUGUUCCAAAAAAUGUCAAGCAAAAGAUCAUUUUGGGGGAUAUUGUUAUCAAGAAGAUGGAGAAGGUCGAGAAGUAUGUCACUGCUAUGACCUACAAUCACAAAAAAAGGAAGAUGAACAAUGCACUGUUCCUGCCUGUUCCAAAACCUGUCGAACAGAAGGUCAUUUUGCGGGAAAUUGUAUAGGAGAAAAUUUAGAAGUAUGUCACUGCUAUGACCUACAUUCACCAAAAAAUGAUGAUCCAAAAUGCACUGUUGCUGCCUGUUCCAAAACCUGUCAAGCAGAAGGUCAUUUUGAUGGUAAUUGUUUUGGAGACAAUUCAGAAAUAUGUCGCUGUUACGACAUAGUAUGAUUGGAAAAAUCAAAAAAAUUAUAAAAGAAGUUUAAAAAAUGUUGUGUAUUAGGUACAAUGGUUUAAGAUAUUUUGUUUAUUUUGAAUAAAAAAUUGUUUUCUUUUGCUUCCA